AUGAACGAAAUUAGGAGUAAACUGAUUGGACCCUACAUCGAAGAUACUUACAAGACGCCUGUUUGUCUUGUUUACUGGUACCUGUUUAUGCUGUUCUUGCGUCGUGUCAAAAAAGUCAUAGAAAAAACUGAUGGAAGAGAGUAACAUUGACCCCAAACAAAGCUCCGUCAAGAAAAGUUUCAUCUCGUACCUUUAUUUGGAAGAUUUCCUUCUAGAAGCUAAAAUACUCUUGAGGAACGAAAAGAUUUAGCAUUCUGUUUUAAAUUUGUGGGAUACUCGGUAAAUAAGGUAAGGGAUUACUCUAUUGACUUUUGAAUCUUAACGACAUGAAAUGGAAGGUAAAACAGUUAGCCCAUUUUAUCCUUACAGGUUUUAAGCCUGGCGUUAAGAUAAAAAUAAAGAGAAUGUAAAUCUUACAUUUGAUUUUCCUAACGCAGCAAAAAUAUUUUAAAUCUUGAGCAAGUAACAAAGCUCAUGUUGUGAACAAUCAGCUCCGAAAGGAUGGCGGUGUUCGCUUCGUAACAAAAGUGUAAGAAACUGAUCUUAGAGACGUAAAAAGAUAAAGCGAUUACUGUUGCUCAGAAAAACAUCGAUAGAAGCACCAUGAAAUUUACGUGAGUGAAUUGCUAUUGCGUUUUAUUCCUAGGUUUCUUGUAACGAACAUGAGGACUCUCGUUAUCACCACACUGCAACUGUUCAUAUUGUUGAACAUGUCGGGUAAGAGAACUAUUUGUCGUUUUGCGCAAUGCCUGUCAUUGUACCUACAAUUUUAUUCAUGAUUGACGUCCACUAUAAGCUAAGCUUGUAUGAGGUUACCAUUACUGAUCAAGUUACUUUCAGACUCUGAUACGCUCUGCCACAUAGACACAUUAAUAGGAGUUACAUAAAGACAGGUUAACAUUUUUUGUGAGACAACAAUUAAGUCAACAAUCAAUUUAACCAAGUAUCUCUUCGUUCAUUCUUUGCGAAAUUAUAUGAAACAACUUAACAGUUACUUGAAUUUGAAAGCGAUCUUAGACAUACAGGCCUGAUUUUUGAAGUACAGGCCUGAAUUUUGAAGUAGAGGUCUGAAUUUUGACGUACAGGCCUGAAUUUUUUCAGGCCCUUUUCUCACUACUGCUGAAGUAGUGUUCAUAACUGCGAAGAUCGCUUUCGUAAUCACGUCUUUAUUCGCAGUUCAAAUAAACGACUUUCAUACAUUCACAGUCGUCAAUGGUUACUGGCCACUUCCUGGGCUUGCUUUGCUUUUUUACUGGUUCUCUUAAAAGUUGUAUUUGCUUUCAUGAAAGGGGGAGUGAAAAGGGAAAGCCAAGAAUUCAUGAUUCGUUCAAAGUUUAUGGGUAAAAGUACAAAGAGGACAAUCCAUACCCGAUCGUCGUGAAUUUUUCAUGAUAGAGGUGGUUUAAUGAUUUAGAGUGUCAUUGUUACUGUCACUAUCAGUCACUCCUUCCGCCUCUUCCCGUUUUAGCAUCAUUGUCGCUGCCAAUGUUAUUCCCGUCCUUCCCACUGCUAAGGCCACUGUCUUCAUACUUUUCCUGAUCUUUGUCAUUCUCAUUGCCGUUGUUAAAGUUUAUUCUAAUGUUAUUGUAACAGAUAAACUCGUAAAUGGAUUAUGCGGCAAUCCUGCAGGAAGCAAUGCUAUUCACAGUAACUGGGUAGCUUGCCUCAGGGCUGAGAACAAUGGAUGCCCUCACAACUUUCCGGUACUUGAACAGACAGGCCUUUGCCCCAACGGGGAAGUUUGUUGCUUUCUUCAACCAGAAUUUUUCGCAGAGGUAAAGCAUGCUCAAUGAGCUUUGACAACUUAAUUUCUUGCAAACUAGUUUCAGUAUCCAUCAACUUUGAACUACCUCCUGGCCCACUAACAACCUACUAAGACAUUUUUCUGAGAUGUCCAUUGAGUAAAUAUAACCACCGUUACACAUGCAGCACAUGAUGAUCUAUGAUAAGAGCCAAAUGAAACUUUGGAGCAUUUUUUGCAGAUCAAAACACACAGCAGUGGCGUAUAUUUUGCAUUGUUUUCUCGUUUUUUCUUUUCUGAUUUGUUUGUUUCUGUUUUUUGGCAGGCGGAGCCAUAUCACUGCACAUUACGAAAACGCAAGAGAAGCGUAUUGGAGAAAUAUAUUUCCCAUGAUCAUAGUCAUCUUAACUAA